CUCUUCGGCCAUUUUGGAUAGGUGCGGAAGUACAGCGAUCGAAAUCACACACAAGUACUUUCAUCGCUAGAAUCAGAUCCGUUUUUCUCCGAUGUUCAUCUCUGUCCCACCGCGGUAUUAUCCGGAUUUCGUGGAUUAAAAUCACAUGAGUGUUAUAUCAGGAUUUAUUUGUGGUAUGGAAUCCCGUAUGAGCGUGGAAACGUACUUUUGAGGACACUACAUCUCGGAUUUUUACCUCGCAGUGCCCUUGGAAUAGCUUGCUACUACAGCAGCCGUGGCCGUACGUUCGCCAGUGGACUGCCUGUGCUAGCGGGCUCGCUCGCUGCCUAUCGGUUGCAACCAGUUGAUCCUUAUUCGGACUGUGUAGAGCUGAACUUUCUUCAACUUAACUGCCGUCUUAACGCAUUCCCUCAUCUUUCUUCACGAAAGAUCCUGACACAACCAUCAAGAUUCUACGUCCACAAAUCAUUACGGUGGAGGGGCGGCUGGGCAACAAUGGCCGGGCCCCUGCCGGCGGCCAUGGGGGCAGCAGCGGGCGGCACCACGCCAGGUCCAACAGCGGGUCGUACAACGUGAGGGCCAGCGAGAUGGCCCGGGAGAAGCAAGAGCGAAGGAUGCGCUGCCUCGUCGAGUUCCUGGACAACUCGGAGGAGAUCUUUGAAGUUGAGAGACGAGCAAAAGGACAGGAGCUUUUGGACAGAGUCUUUGAGCAUCUUGAGCUGUUAGAGUGUGACUACUUUGGUCUACGCUACUCAGAAACGGAGAACACAAUCGACAGUAAUAACAAGAGAUGGCUAGACCCAAGGAAAUCUAUUCGAAAACAAGUCAAAGGUACUCUGUAUUUCAAUUUCCAAGUCAAGUUCUUUGUAACGGACCCCAGCAAAUUACUCGAGGAAUACACUCGCUACCAGUACGUGCUCCAACUCAAGAAAGACUUACUAGAAGGAAGAUUGACCUGUUCAUUUGACAUCGGCACAUUACUAGCAUCAUACCUUGUUCAAGCUGAGCUUGGAGACUAUGACCCUCAGGACCAUCCGGAUGGAUACAUGUCUCAAUUUAGAUUCAUUCCGUACCAGACAGAGGAGUUCAUCAACCAAGUACACCAUCUUCACAAAGCAAACUUCGGACAGCUUCCUGCAGAUGCAGAGUUCCAUUUUCUUAACACGGUGAAGAACCUAGAGCUAUAUGGGGUGGACCUACAUCAUGCACGGGACACACUCGGUUCAGAGAUUGCCAUUGGAGUGGUUUCAGCGGGUCUGAGCAUUUUCCAGAAUGGUGUCAGAAUUAAUCAGUUCUCAUGGGCCAAGAUUGUCAAGAUCUCUUUCAAGAGAAAGCAAUUCUUCAUCCAGCAAAGGAGAGAAAUCGGUGAAACAAGAGAUAUGGUAAUAGGGUUCAACAUGACCAGCUACAGGGCGUGUAAAAACUUAUGGAAGUCCUGCGUAGAACAUCAUACGUUCUUCAGGAUGGUAGACCCUCAACCCCCGGCCAAGAGGAGAACGUUCUUUCAGCUUGGAUCAAAGUUCAGAUAUAGCGGGAGAACAGAGAGUCAAACAAUGGAGGAUACAAAGAAGAGGUUAGCAGAAAAGGAAAUUAGCAGGUCAUCUCCCAACAAAAGGGCGUUCAGACGGACGGUAGGGGGAACGGUAGCAGAGGUCAUCAGGACAGAGACGAGAAGCCUGCCGUCAAGAACCACUCAAAAGUACAAGCCCCUUAAAGACAAUCACCGGGUGCCAAGUUUUGAUGGCGAGAUUCCGCCUUCACCCAAUGGAAAACCUAGAGAGAAUGGUUUAUCCAAGAGCGCCGAGAUGCUCAAUGUGCCUCCUCAGAUGACAUACAUGGAUGAUAACGGUGGUAGCGAUGUCAGUAUAGGUACAGGCAACUCAUACGAGGUUCUCAGUAACGGUUACAAAUCGCAAACCAACGGUGAUGCCUUAGUAACGAUACGCAUGCUGCCUGAUGACAGAGGGCGCUUUGGUUUCAACGUCAAGGGCGGGGCAGACCAGGGCGCGCCCAUCAUCGUGUCGAGAGUUGCACCAAACACACCGGCCGACCUGUGCAUACCCCGAUUAAAUGAAGGUGACCAGAUCCUUCAGAUCAACGGUAAAGAUGCCUCCACAUUCACCAAUGAGCAGCUGGUCUCUACCAUUCGAGCCUUAGGGGAGGCCAGGACCAAAGACCUGGUCCUCACUGUCAGACCUAAUGUGUAUGUCGGUGAGGAGGUGGAGGAACCCGUCUUUCAGUACAUCCCAGAGAGUCCAAGGAUAGUGAACGGAGAGAUUGAUUCCCUCACUGAGUCCUUCAUGCUCUUACAAGAAGGCCUUGAUACCGGCAUGGCAAUAGCACAGUUUGAUCAACUCUACAGGAAAAAGCCUGGGAUGACAAUGGGUGCCUGCAGGUUAGCAGAGAAUGUUGCCAAAAACAGAUACAGAGACAUAGCGCCUUAUGAUGCAACGAGAGUCAUAUUACGGGAAGCAGACACGGGGGAUUACAUCAAUGCUAAUACCAUCAAUAUGGACAUCCCAGGCUUUGAUCUGGUCAACAAGUACGUUGCCGCCCAGGGGCCUCUACCCAACACAGUCAAUGACUUCUGGUACAUGGUCUGGGAGCAAAGGUCAACGCUCAUCGUCAUGCUCACCACCAACGUGGAGAGAGGAAGGGUCAAAUGUCACAAGUACUGGCCGGACCUGGACGAUAGGCUCAAGUUUGGCCCCGACCUAGAGGUCAGGUGUACCCGGUGUGAUGAGACCCCUUCCUUCGCCUACAGGGACUUCAUCAUCUGUAACACAGCCACGAAGGAAGAGAGGAUAGUCCUUCAGAUGCAGUACGUAGCUUGGCCUGACCAUGGUGUGCCUGACGAUUCCUCAGAUUUCUUAGACUUUGUCCUUAGAGUACGGCAGUGUCGAGUGGGAAUGGAUGUACCAACCAUAGUUCACUGCAGUGCUGGCAUCGGGAGGACAGGGGUCUUAAUUACCAUGGAAACAGCUAUGUGCCUGAUAGAAGCCAACGAGCCGGUCUACCCGCUCGACAUCGUCCGGACGGAGAGGGACCAACGCCCCAUGCUCAUACAGACCGCUGCUCAGUACAAGUUUGUUUGCGAGGCCAUUAUCAGAGUCUAUAUGGACUGUAUCGUGAAGCCCAUAGACGAGCAGAGAUCGUGAGGAAACUCCAUAUACCAUUGUCUUCCAUCCAAGUAUCGUAAUCUCAUUGCCAGCUCUUUUUACAUCAACAAAAAACAACAACAGAAUAAUGUUAUAAACAUUAUCUCCUCGUUCUCGUCCUCGUAAUCAAAGCUGUAACUUUGCAUUGGCCUAGCUAGCUAGCAGACGAUAGCCGUUUACAUUGUGUUGUAAGAUGAGAGAUUAAAAACAAAAAGAUUUGAGAUGUUUAUAAAAUUUGUAUGGAGUCUCAAGGCCUGGUGCUGUAUAUUUUGAUUUCAUGUUUUGAUAUUAGAUACAUUAUUUUUGUGGAAAAGUGAUAAACCCUGUAUGUAUUUAGCUGUAUAUGAUGUACGUAUUACUGUCUGGAGCGAGAGUCUAGUUAAGGCAUCUACAUUUGAUUAGCUUUCAAACUGUAUUAAAGCAUUUCAAUGAAAUAUUUGUAUGUAGUUGAUUUUUUUUUUUUGUAUACAUAGCUUUCAGUGUAAGCCAGAGAAUUCAUAUGCUUUUUGAUACGCCUAGUAAAAAUUGAUUAAAAAAUGAGGAUAAAUUGAGUGGCUCAGUUCUUUCAAGAUGUUUUUUGACACCAUGCAUACAUGUAU